ACAGAAGUGCGCGAGGAACGGGCGUUGAUAGCUGGAGGAGUGAGUCCUGGCAUCCGCUGUAUCGAGAACUCCAGAGCACUACGGUUCUCCGUUCAACGUUCCGAAAUGGAUCGUCACGGGCUUACUCCGAAGAAAGACCUGGUGUGUCCAAAGGCCGCCAAGUAUGCUGAAGACCACACGCUAAGGCUGCAUUCAGCACAGAAGAAACUUAUGGAGAUCACCAAAAAUCACGUGUUCGGCUCCAUGUUGGGGGACAGCUGCCAGUUGCAGUUCUUCCAGAUUCUGCUCAAAACAAUGUCAGCUAAAAAGUACCUCGAAAUAGGCACCUUCACGGGAUGCAGCGCCGUAGCCGCCGCGCUGGCGCUGCCUCCGGAUGGAAAGGUGGUGGCGCUGGACCUACACGAGGACCUGGUCAACGUUGGCAGGCCGUACUGGAAGGAAGCUGGUGUGGAGGACAAGAUUGAGCUGAGGCUUGGACCGGCAGUUGACUCCUUAGACGCCCUACUGCGCGAAGGUCAGGCAGGUACGUUCGACUUCGUAUUCAUCGACGCAGACAAGGAGAACUAUGACAACUACUACGAGAAGUCCCUGCAGCUGGUCAGGAAGAACGGACUCAUCGCCAUCGACAACGUGCUGUGGCGCGGCAUGGUCUACGACACCGACGACAAUUCAUCGCAAAUAAUGGCACUGCGGCCCUUCAACAAAAAACUGCAUGAUGACCAGCGGAUUGACGUCUGCCUGCUGCCCAUCGCUGACGGGCUCACGUUUGCCCGAAAGAGAUGAUGGAACAUGCACCAGUGUUACAGAGUCUGAAGUCAACAGACACAUAGCUGAACGCUUUCAAUAAAAUAUUACAUUAGCGUUGUGAACUAUCCCUGGAAAGAAUAGACACAUCAUUCACCAUGCAAAUCCGCGUUGGUUUCCAACUUGUUUCUUCGUGGCUUUAUUUUUAUUGCGAUAAUAAUUAUAUGGGCAGUCCAGGCGCAUUUCAGCCGUCGCCGUGAUGUUCUGCAUAAAGUCCAAGUGCGAUAGCAGCGUGGCCGCGCGCCGUAUGCUUUAGGUUCAAGUGAAAGCGUGUAAGGGUGAGCAGAUAAUGGUUGCUUAAGCUCGCGCGUGCCA